CAAAUAUACCCAUAACCUAGCCCUUAUACAUCGACACAAAAACAGCAAACGCCUCCAUACUCCAUUGCUGUUCUCUCCAUCGUUGCCUCCUCAAGCCCUCCCCUGUGAAGCCACCGCCGGUAGCCAUCUCCUCCCCACCGGUCGGAUAUCGUCACAGCCGCCCGCAGCAACAUCGGAGACCUUCGACCCCACAGCUAAGCAUGGAAUUAUUAUAACUGCAGCGACCAUGGCUGAACAAGAAACUCUCAUUGAUGAAAACUUCCCCUUAUUUUCUCAAAAACCAAUCAAAAGAUCCUCCAAACCUGUCACCACCAUUGCUGAUACCCCUACCCCCACCCACCACGAAUUGGUCAAAGACACAUCAUCCAACCCCAACCCCAACACUACUCGCCUCACUUUUUCUGACCUAAAUCUUUCCGAUUGGGCCCUUCAAACCUGCAAAGAAUUAGGCAUGAAAAAACCUACCCCUGUUCAACAACACUGCAUCCCUCGUAUCCUUUCUGGUGAAGAUGUAUUAGGUAUAGCUCAGACUGGAAGUGGUAAAACCGCAGCUUUUGCAUUGCCUAUCCUACACCGCCUCGCGGAGGAUCCUUUUGGUGUGUUUUGUCUGGUGGUGACUCCCACCCGCGAGCUGGCAUACCAGCUGGCAGAACAAUUUCGGGCCCUUGGAUCAUGCUUGAAUUUAAGAUGUGCUGUUAUAGUUGGUGGGAUGGAUAUGAUUAGCCAAUCACAGACCUUGAUGCAACGCCCUCAUGUUGUAAUUGCAACUCCUGGAAGAAUUAAAGUUCUUAUCGAGCAGAAUCCUGAUAUUCCUCCUGUCUUUUCUAACACCAAGUUCUUAGUGUUGGAUGAAGCAGAUAGAGUUUUGGAUACGGGUUUUGAAGAUGAGUUAAGAGUGGUGUUCAACUGCUUACCAAAAAACAGACAGACUUUGUUAUUUUCUGCAACAAUGACAAGCAACCUCCAAUCAUUACUUGAGGUUUCUGCAAAUAAAGCGUACUUUUAUGAGGCUUAUGAAGGGUUUCAAACAGUGGAUACUCUCAAACAGCAGUAUAUAUUUAUUCCUAAAAAUGUGAAGGAUGUUUAUCUGCUUCAUAUUUUGUCACGAAUGGAAGAUAUGGGGAUCCGAUCUGCCAUAAUUUUUGUUUCCACAUGCAGGAGCUGUCAUCUUUUGGGAUUAUUGAUGGAAGAGCUUGAUCAGGAAGUGGCUGCAUUACAUUCAUUCAAAUCACAGUCUUUAAGGCUAUCUGCUCUUCAUAGAUUCAAAUCUGGGAAAGUCCCUGUGUUGCUUGCAACUGAUGUUGCUAGUAGGGGUUUGGACAUUCCUACUGUUGAUCUUGUCAUUAAUUAUGAUAUUCCAAGAUAUCCAAGGGACUAUGUUCAUCGUGUUGGAAGAACAGCUAGAGCUGGUAGAGGAGGAUUAGCAAUAAGUUUCAUCACCCAGAAUGACAUAGACCUUAUUCAUGAGAUAGAAGCUGAUCUUGGAAAAAAAUUGGAAAAGUUUGAGUGUAAAGAGAAUGAGGUGCUUGAAGAUAUUACAAAGGUUUAUAAGGCAAAACGUGUGGCGACAAUGAAAAUGAUGGAUGAUGGUUUUGAAGAAAAGGCAAAAGCAAGAAAAGCACAGAAGAUGAAGAGUUUGGCUGAGAAAGGAUUGUUGACGAAAAACAAGAGACGAAAAAGAGAAACAUAUGCAAAUGCAUCACACUAGUUUCAAAUUCAAUACCAAUAUACCAUGAAUUUUUGUUGUUCAACUACAUAGUUUACAUUAACCGAUAAAAGAUUGAAAUCACUCAUUAGUCAAAGAGAGACUGUUGAUUAAAAUUUGUUAUUUGUUAAUUACAUCAGACACAAAAAGAGAG